AUGGAGGUUGAGGUAUUUGAAGAGGCAAAUAAUUAUGAUAAUACACAAAUUGGUGUAAGAGCCUACAAGAAAUUGUCUAGAGGGCAUUUAAAAAAAAAAAAUCCAAUAUCAGUGGCAAAAUAUACUGAUUUAUUAAAACUUUGUAAAAGUGGUGUCAUACCUAACAGGUAUCAUAGUGAGUAUACUUCAUUAAAAAGAAAUGAAAUAGUGGAAGAUACACUGCAAGAGACUGAUGAAGAAGAUUGUAGUUCAGACUGA